AUGAAUGCCGUGAGAUUGCUUUCUCGGCGGCGGCCAUUGUUGACCUGCUACGGCCGCCGGCGGUUACUACUGGAUGUGGCGACAAGGUCACGACAGUUAUCAGUCAGAUUUGCAUCCGACGGCUCCUCUGCUCCUCCCGAGCCGAAGACGAGCAUCACCAACUCAGACCCCGAAAAAACCCUGCUCACGCUGGCCAUAGAGACAUCAUGCGAUGACACGUGCGUCGCGCUGCUGGAGAAGGAGCGCGGCGAAGGAGGCGCGGCGAGGGUGCUCUUCCAGUGGCGCAUUACCGCCGACAACAGAAGCUGGGGCGGCAUCAACCCGCUGCCGACGGUCGAGGCGCACACCAGCACGCUCGCCAAGAUGAUCCAGGCCGCCAUGGAGGCGCUGCCGCCGUUGGCCCCCCCGGACGGCCCCUCCCUCGCCGGGGGCACCAGCAGCACCGAGCCGGACGGCAGCCUCCCCCGCCGCAUUCCGGACUUCGUGUCGGUGACUAGGGGUCCAGGGAUGAACACGGCGCUCUCCGUGGGCCUGAACACGGCCAAGGGGCUCGCCCUCGCCUGGGGGGUGCCCUUCGUCGGCGUCCACCACAUGCAGGCGCACCUGCUGACGCCCAGGCUCGUCUCGGCCCUGAAGAGGCCGUUUGGCGAUGCGGAGAAGGCCAAGCAUAAGACCGUCGACACGGAGGCUGUGGCCCCCCAGCCGGCGGCAGCAGCAGCAGAGUCUGGGGACGUCUCGUCUGUGUCCGACGCGGGACUGACGGCGCCGUCAGAGAUGAAUCUGCACUGGCCUCGCUUCCCCUUCUUCACCCUCCUCGUCUCUGGCGGGCACACGAUGUUGCUGCGCAGCAAGAACCUCGUCCAGCACACGACGCUUGCCGAGGUCGAGGGCUUCGCGGCCGGCGACGCGCUCGACAAGUGCGCGCGCGCCAUCCUCCCCGCAGAAUACCACGGCAAGACCAGCAGCUACGCCAGCCUGCUCGAGAAGUUUGUCUAUCCCCAGGGCUCCUCGUUCUUCAACACUUACAAGGCGCCCAUGAGCCGCGCCGAGGAGAUUGCCACCGUGGCCCCGAGCCGGCGCCUCUUGGAGGCCCGCACCCCCCAGCAGCGGUCCUCGGUCGACAUCAUCUACACCGAGGACAACGGGCCCAGGUACCCGUGGGCGCUCCGGCCGCCGCUGGCCAAGUCGCGCGAGAUGAAGUUUGCCUUUGGCGGGCUCCACGACCAGGUGCUGACCAUCGUCAAGCAGAGGGAGGCGGCCGGGGGCAUGGACUACCAGGAGCGCCGCGUCCUGGGCCACGAGACCAUGAGGAUCAUGUUUGAGCACCUCGGGUCGCGGGUGCUGCUCUACCUGGACAGCAACAAGAAGCAGAACAGGAAAAGGAAUACCACAAAGUCGACUGGACACCCGGCCCUCUUCAGGCUGAUGGUGGGGGGUGGAGUGGCGAGCAACAAAUUUCUGCGUCUCAUCCUGCGCCAAAUGCUCGAGGCGCAUGGGUACAAACCGGUCGUCGUCUUCGCGCCACCGGUAGGCCUUUGCACCGACAACGCGGUCAUGGUUGCCUGGGCGGGCAUGGAGAUGUUUGAGGCCGGCUGCACGACGCACCUCAGCGCGCUGCCGAAGAAAAAGUGGGCGCUCGACCACAGGGUCGACGGCGGCAUCCUGGGCAAUUACAAGGACGGUCUGGGCAAUUACAUGAGCGAUCGGAUCAAUACUGGGGAACCGUCUUCGGAGCUGGUCAAGGGGGCCGAAGAGGUCUCCAAAUGA